AUGUCAUCAAGUCCAAAGCCAAAGUCUUUCAUUCGGCGUCUCGGCCAGAUCGAGCUGUGCGAAUCAGCGCUGCACAACCUGGACUACUACUGCAGUACAGCCCUCACAUGCCGCUACACACUCCCACCAUCCCUCCGCGGCUUCGAUAACCAGGACAGAGUCUUCCGACGCUUCGACCAAGCCAUUGCCCAAACGGUGCUUCGGUUUCCACUUCUACAAGUUGGUCUUGUCGGUGAGAGUACGAAAAAGCCCGCUUGGGUGUCGCUCCCGUCGCUUGAUCUCGCAGACCAUGUAUCUUGGGAUGUCCGACCGGAAUCGAAGGAGUAUGAAAGGGCGUUUGAAGCGAAUCUGGGAUAUCAGCUCGACUCCAAAUUUGAGAGUAUUGAGACAAGGCCUGGAUGGAGAAUAUGUCUGAUGCGGACCAAGACAGACAACUUUGUGGAUGUGAUGUAUGUCUGGAACCAUGCUAACCACGAUGGUAUGGGCGCCAAGAUCUUUCAGAAAACACUACUCCAGAGCCUCAACUACCCAACUUCUUCAUCGCUGCUACGAAGCGGAUCUCGAGCCAUAACGACUUCUAUAUGCAAGGAUAGCUUUCCCCAACCACAAGAGAAACUGGCAAAGCAUAACUUGAGCUUGGGGUAUGCUUGCUCCGAGAUUUGGCAUGGUCUUUGUCCAUCUUGCUUCCACUCAGCAGAGUCGAAAGCUCGGUGGGCACCUAUACAGGCUGAUCCGUACAUCACGCGCUUCAAGGCUGUUGACAUUGACGCGAUUACUUUGAAGAAACUUCUGGGCCAAUGCCGAGAGAACGAUACUACACUUACAGGCCUCAUCCACGGAAUCGUCCUAGCCUGUCUAUCCGUUGACAUUAACGAGGGCAACACCGACGCGUUUCAAGUCGCAACAGCAAUUGAUCAUCGAAAGUUCUUACGCAAGGAGCUUCGACCGUCAAAGUACGCAUCCAUUGACCUUGAUAAUAGCAUUCAAAACUGCACCGCAUCCCUCUCCCACCUAUUCGACCACGAAAUCGUCAGCGACAUGAGAGCCCAAGCGCGAAUCAACAACUGGCCUGCCCAACCCAUCGGCGAUCUAGAGCCCACGAUCUGGAAAGCAGCACAACAAAUCCGCAGAGAUAUAGAAAAACGGCUUGACGCUGGUGUGAACGAUAACGUAGUCGGCUUGAUGAAGGUUGUAUCUGAUUGGCAUGAUUACCUCGAGUCACUGGGGAAGAGACCUCGUGACUUAUCGUGGGAGGUCACGAAUCUUGGUGUUAUUGAUGGCAAGACUGAGGAUGAUGGCUUUGCGAUGGGUAGGGCGAGGUUUUCGCUAAGUGGGAAUGUCGUUGGGCCGGCGAUUCAGAUCAGUAUGGUUUCUGUGAAGGAUGGAGAUUUGUCGGUUGAGUUAUCGUGGCAGGGCUUGCCAGAGAUUCAUGAGGUUGCUCAGAGGUUGGUGCAAGACAUGCGAGCUUGGUUGUUGUAUCUAGGUGCUUGA